UUGCACUGUACUACACCAGACACUGCAGAUAGAUCCUGACCAUCACCCAAGGAACUGUGGGAGGACAUCCAGUCCCUUCAAAGCAUUGCUCAACACAGAGAAGGUUGGCCAGUAAAACCAUCAUCUGGAAAUUCGUAGGGUCUUGGAAGCUCUGAUAUGUUAUCAGAUCUGAAACUGGUCAGUGGUGUGGAACCUUCCAACGUAACCAACCUUUCUGAAAGUUUAGGUGAUCGGUCAGGAUGAGGCUGGGAAGAAGUGUGAGUGGGCUCCAAAUGUGGUGAGAACUUUAAUCAUUCAUUGAGCCUUAUGAGCCUCAUUCCUAUUGGUGAGAGGCUGCUCAAGUGUGAGGUGUGUGAGGCGGGCUCCAGAAGUUUAGCAGAUAAGGUGUAUUUUGUUAGACAAACUAUUAACACAAACAGCUACAUGGAAGAGAAACCAUUCAAGUGUGAGGUUUGUGAUAAAUCUUUCAUGACCUCCACAAGGCUCCUGACACAUCAGAUGAUUCACACUGGGGACAAACCCUUCAGGUGUGAGGUUUGUGAGAAGGCUUUCACUCACUCCUCCCAUCUUCUGAGGCACCAGAGAAUUCAUACAGGGCAGAAACCAUUCACAUGUGAUGUGUGUGAAAAAUCAUUCUCAAUCUUAUCAAAUCUUCGUGUACACCAACGCACUCAUACCGGGGAGAAGCCAUUCUCAUGUGAGGUGUGUGACAAGUCAUUCUCAGACUCAUCGAGUCUCCGCAGACACCAACGGGUUCACACAGGGGAGAGACCAUUCGCUUGUGAGGUGUGUGACAAAUCUUUCUCAUCAUCAUCGCACCUCCAUGGACACCAACGCACUCACACUGGGGAGAAGCCAUUCACAUGCGAGAUCUGUGACAAAUCAUUCUCAGAUUCAUCGAGUCUCCGGAGACACCAACGUAUCCACACAGGAGAGAAACCGUUCUUGUGUGACGUGUGUGAGACAUCAUUCUUGUAUUCAUCGAAUCUCCGUGUGCAUCAGCGUAUUCACACAGGUGAGAAACCAUUCCUGUGCAAGUUAUGUGAUAAAUCAUUCUCAACAUCGUCACUUCUCCGCAUACACCAUCGUGUUCAUACUGGGGAGAAACCAUUCAAGUGUGAGGUGUGUGACAAAUUAUUCUCAAGGUCUUCCAACCUUCUGGUUCAUCAGAGGCUCCACACAGGAGAAAAACCUUUCAAGUGUGAGGUGUGUGAGAAAUCAUUCUCAAGGUCAUCGCAUCUCUUGCUCCAUUGGAGAAUUCACACACAGGAAUAGCCUUUUAAAUGGGAGAUGUUUUAAAAAACCUUCAUAAUACCUUUGAUCCUCCUGAAACCUCACAGGUUCACAAUGGGGAAACUCUUCAGGUGCGAUUUUUGUGAAAAGACUCACUCACUAUGCUAAUCUUCUAAAGUCUUCACACAAUUGAUGGUCCUCCUGGAAGUUCAGCAAACACAAGUAGACCUAGGCAAGUUCUUAUCAACUGCCAUCAGAGUUGGUUCUCAAUACAGUCUCACUGCGCAGGACGUUUAGUGGGACUGGGACACAGAACAAGAAGCAGCUUUCACUCCCAUCAAACAACUAAUGAUGACAUCACCAGUGCUGAGGGAUUAUAAUGUCAAUAAUGGAGUCACACGGCAGUGUGAUAUCAAUGAAACAGGACUUGGAGUGACCCGCAUGCAGUGAAUGUUUGUAUCCAGACAAAUUGAAUAACACUGUGUACAGAUUGAGAAAGAUGGAUGGAAUAUCGUCUUUAGUAUUUCAACCAGUACCUGUUUAGAGAGAAACUAGGUGUCAAUUUUGACCACAAGCCAAUGACAUCUUGCGAAAAACAUUUCUAUUUAUUCCAAAUUAUUUGCAAAGGACAUCACUUAAUUUGCUGAGUUGUCACGUGGAAGUGAAGUACAAGCAAUGGAAACAGAUGGAUGUCACUGACUUGCUGUCAAGAGCUGCACUCUGAAGGAAGUUUGUGCUGAUACAGUAUCUGAAAUAUUCCAGAUUCAACAAGAAGCAACAGCAUGACGUGCUCUGGAAAUCAUCAACCCAGCAGAGACAUUGAAUGUCACAGACAGACAUCUUGCUGAGAUCAAACAAAUUUCACACCAAGAUACAACCUUUCAAAUGUAAAAGGACAUUAUGAUGAAGGAAUGGACUGAAUUCAUCAAGGGCACUCUGUUAAUAUGAGAGAGUAUUGGACAAGCAAGUAAUCACUCAAGGUGGUAUCUUAUGCAAAAGAAGCAGGUUCAUUAUUCCAAAAGAGAUGCUGAAGCACAUCCCACACAAACUAUUAAGGAAUCGAGUCCAGUCUGAGGAAGGUUUUCCGGAAUCCAUUGUGGAAUCAAACCCUGAACAGAAGAUAUGUUUACCUCCUGGCACCUCAGAAAUCGUGCUUUGUGUGUUGUAACCAUGAGCCUUCUGCUGAGGGCACAGAACAAGCAAGGAAAUGAUUGGACAUCUCUUUGAAAUUUGGAUGGUGAGCUGAAGACAGCCUCAAAAUGCCGCACUGCCUUAUCAGAGCUGAUGAAAGUCACGACAGCACUGAAUUUCUUUGCCUCUGGGUCACCUCAGCCUGAUAUUGGUGACUUGUGUUACAUUCCCGACAACAGUAUGAGGGCCUGUGUUCACCAGGUCACUGAGGCCAUUUUCCAUAGAACUUCUGAUUUCAUUCACUUUGAUAUGUCCUUUAUGAGGAUGAAACAAAGGGCCCUUAUGUUCUCUAAGAUCACUGGCUUCCCAGAUGUGAUUGGGUCUGUCAAUGGAACACACAUUCCACUGAAGGCACCAAAAGAGAAACCUGUUUUGUUCAUAAGCAGGAAGAGCUUCCAUUCACUGAACAUGAUGAUUGAAUGUGGUACCCAUAUGAAGAUCCUAAAUGUAAAUGUGGAUAACUGGAGAAGUGCACAUGAUUCCUUUGUCCUAGUGACCUCAAGGUUGUACCUUACCAUGAGUGUGUCACUGGGAAUUACAAGCUAGUUACUGGGGCAUGAGGGAUAUCUGUUGAGGACGAGGCUGAUGAAACUGUACCUGAGGACGAGCAACAAAGGGUAUGAAUGACACAAUCGUACACAUGUAGCAACACGUCAGGUGGUGGACAGAAUAAUCUGGUUCCUCAAGUCACAUUUCCAUUACCUGGAGAGGUCAGAAAGCACUUUAUGAUUCUCACUGGUGAGUGUUGUGUGUGUUGCACAACUUUGCCAUCCACCCAGAGAAUGCUUUUGAGCCAGAAAUUGAAGAGUUGGAGGAGCGCAAUGUGGAUCCAGAUGCAGAUGGGCUGCUCAGAGAACGUGAGAAGUCUCCAGCAAGAGCUGCCAUCAUAGCAACUCAAGAUUGCCUGGUUGCAUCUGCUUUCAGACACUGUGAAUUGAACAGUCUCUGUCUGUCCUUCCUUUCCUCUCAAAAUAAAACAAGAAUGGUACUUACAAGUCCAGCCUUACCAUUGGAAAGACCUUUGAAAUAGUUACUGCUGAAGAGGGUAAAACUCAGCUGUUCAAACAAAAGAUU